UUUGGACGCGCUGGUGAGGUCAGAGUUCAAGCCAUACUGAUGACGUCAUGCGCUGAAGAUGGCAGACGGGGAAGGAGGAUGGUGGGGAGGCUGGCUGACACAGAGCUUCCAGGCCGUCAAAGACAAGUCAGCUGAGGCGUAUGAGUUUAUCAAACGGGAUCUUUCAGAAUUCUCCAACGUGGUCCAACAUGACACGGCAUGCUCUGUUGUGGCGACAGCGAAUGCAAUUAAGACCAAACUAGCAGUUGAAGGUUCAUCAGAGGCAACGGAAAAGGUGAAGAAGGGCAUUUCGAAUAUUUUGGGUGUGAUCACAGACACUUUGGUUCCGGCUCCAGACAAGACCAUUGACUGUGAUGUCAUCACGCUGGUAGCCACUCCGGCAGGCACAACAGAGGUCUAUGACAGCAGCAAGGCUCGACUCUACAGUCUUCAAGCAGACCCUGCUACAUACUGCAAUGAGCCUGAUGGCCCGCCACAGCAGUUUGAUGCCUGGUUAUCCAGUUUCAAAUCGGAAGAGAGGAAAGCUGAGAUCUCUGAACUGCUCGUUAACAGUCCUGCCAUAAGAGCUCUUUAUACUAAAAUGGUUCCAGCAGCAGUGGCUCAUUCCGAGUUCUGGCAGCGGUACUUCUAUAAAGUGUUCCAGCUGGAGCAGGAGGAAGCCAGGAGGGUAGCACUGAAGCAGAGAGCGGAGCAGACGGAUCAUUCUGAGAGUCUUGGUUGGGAGGAAGAGGACGAAGAAGGUUUGACUGAAAUUUAAAUCAUUUAGUGC